UGUUUUCUUGUCAUGUGGACAGAACUGUAAUUUGAGCAAUUGGAGAUGGCAUCGGGGGAAGUCACUGAAACGGGUGUCGAAAUUGAAAGCUUGCUUGAAUGGGCAAAAAAGGAUAAGCGCAGAUUCUUGCAUGCUGUUUAUCGUGUUGGAGAUUUGGACCGAACCAUCAAGUUUUAUACUGAAUGCUUUGGGAUGAAAUUACUGAGGAAAAGAGAUGUUCCAGAAGAGAAAUAUUCAAAUGCUUUUCUUGGAUUUGGUCCUGAAGACUCCCAUUUCGUAGUAGAAUUGACAUACAAUUAUGGAGUAGAUAAGUACGAUAUUGGCACAGGAUUUGGGCAUUUUGCUAUUGCCUCUGAAGAUAUUUACAAGUUGGUGGAGGAUAUCAGGGCCAAGGGUGGCAAGAUCACACGUGAACCAGGUCCUGUUAAGGGAGGAACCACUGUAAUUGCUUUUGUUCAAGAUCCAGACGGCUACAUCUUUGAGCUAAUUCAGAGGGGCCCCACACCUGAGCCUCUCUGCCAAGUUAUGCUGCGAGUUGGGAACCUUGAUCGAUCCAUUCAGUUUUAUGAAAAGGCUUGUGGGAUGAAGUUAUUGAAGAAAUCUGAUAAUGCAGCAUACAAGUACACCAUUGCUAUGAUGGGUUAUGCUGAUGAGUAUGAGACCACAGUUCUUGAAUUGACAUACAAUUAUGAUGUGACAGAGUACACUAAAGGCAAUGCUUAUGCUCAGGUUGCUCUUAGCACUGAAGAUGUAUAUAAAAGUGCUCAAGUGGUUGAGUUGGUGACCAAAGAGCUUGGAGGAAAGAUAACCCGGCAACCUGGUCCAAUUCCAGGAAUUAACACCAAGGUCACCUCGUUCCUCGAUCCAGAUGGCUGGAAAGUGGUUUUUGUGGAUCAUUCGGAUUUUCUGAAGGAGCUCGAGGCCUAAUGAGUUCAUAAAAUCAAUAAACAAAAAUGCUACGGUAACUGUUCUUAUAAUUCUGGUGUGUGCUUGAUGACUUAUCAAAUAAGCUCAUAUUCUGCAACUUUGUAAGAAUCGUUUGUGUUUGUCUCUUAUAAGCUGCUUCUUUUUGUGAACUACUGUUUUUUCAAUCCUUAGAUUUGGCUGAA